GCCCAGCUGACGGCGCGGCCGCGUGACGUCUCUACGCAACCGCGAGUGUCGCGCACGCCUGCACCAGCUUCGGGUCAUGUCACGACCUGCACGGUGAAUCUUUCGUGUUACGUACUGUUGCACCUUACUGUUCCAAAUGAUGGUGCGCCGUAGUGGACGUUACACUGUUAACUGGCGAGGAUUCAGAGACUGCGUCAGCAAUAAAGCUCCCGAUGACGAAAUACAAGAAGAACCACAAGCAAAAGAAGAUCUUUCAAAUCAUGAAGUUAUAUUUCUAAAAAGUAUUGUUGAAAGUCCGGAUUUUGCUAGAAAGUAUGGAUCGAUCGAUUCGGAGGAAGAUUUGUUCGUAAAGCCAGUCUCCUUGGAUAAUGUAAACAUAAUAAAGUCACUGAGUGAAUAUCGUGGCAACAACAUACGGACCAUCGAACAGGCUGAAUUAGCUAUAUUACUUUCCCGAGUGCAUUUUAAGGCCCUAAUUGAUGCACACGACCAAAUCGGGAAAAUUUGGCUUGAGCGUGGUUCAGGAGUAGAUGAGAAAACUUCGAAAGAAGAACAGAAAGACAUUGCUGAAAGUAUAGAUAUAAGUCCAGGUGAAAACGGAGACAUGCCAGUGGAGACAGUUAAAGUUGUAGGUCUUAGAAAAGUGCCUGGACAACCUUUAGGUUUGACAGUAACAACAGAUGAACAUGGUCAAUUGAUAGUAGCUAGAAUUCUUGCUGGCAGUGCGGCCGCAAAACAAGCACUGCUUAGUGUAGGCGAUGUGCUCUUAGAGGUUGAUGGCGUACAAAUAGAUACAGAAGAACAGUUGAAAGAAGCUGUUUCAAAGCCAAACGAUAGAGUAACAUUAAAAGUUGGACCAAAUCUCAAAGAAAAAAAUGCUCAAUUAACUAAUAAACUUAGUUGCUACAUGAGAGCUUUAUUUGAUUAUAAUCCCUCCGAAGAUACUUUAUUGCCAUGUAAAGAGAUUGGAUUAGAAUUUAAGAGAGGUGAUAUUUUACAAGUGUCCGAUAGAAGAGAUCCCAAUUGGUGGCAGGCAAGCCACGUUGAAAAACCAGAAGUAGUAGGAUUAAUUCCGUCGCCAGAAUUAGAAGAGAGACGGAAAGCCUAUGUACCACCAGAAGCUGAUUUUGUUCACAAAAUUAGUAUAUGUGGAGCAAGAAUAUCAAAAAAGAAAAAGAAGUUCGUGUACGAGUCGCGGUCGAGCGUGCAGCUGGAGGGCGCGGAGCUGGCGCUGUACGAGGAGGUGGCGCGCACGCCGCCCUUCCUGCGGCGCGUGCUGGCGCUCGUGGGCACGCGCGGCGUGGGCCGCCGCACGCUCAAGGCGCGCCUGCUGCACGACCAGCCCGCGCGCUUCGGCGCCGUCGUGCCGCAUACAUCUCGUCCUCCCCGGCCGCUCGAAGAGAACGGUACCUCAUACUGGUUCGUGUCUCGCGAAGAGAUGGAGCGGGACGCGCACGCGGGACGCUUUCUGGAGUAUGGAGAACACAACGGACACUUGUACGGAACCCACUUAGAUUCUAUAAGGGCUGUCAUUAAAGAAGGAAAAAUGUGUGUUCUGGACUGCGCCCCGCAAUCACUCAAACUCCUACACAACAGUAGCGAGUUUCUACCAUAUGUUGUAAUGAUCGCAGCGCCAGGCAUCGAACAGUUACGGAACCUCACCUACGCCUCCAACCGCAACCUCACGUUUGACCGACAGAGCUCCAUCCGGUACAGUUCGAGACGUGCGCGCACUCUGGAAUCGCUCGCAUCGCUGUAUGAGGAGGAAGACAUGAAGCAGACACUAGAGGACAGCGCCCGCAUCCAGCGCCAGUACGAGAAGUACAUCGACCUGGUGCUCACCAACAACAACGCGGACAGCACGUACGCGCGCCUCAUGGACGCGCUGCACGCGCUCGCCAGCGACCACCAGUGGGUGCCCGUCGCCUGGAUCUACUGA